AUGUCUGAGGAGCAGAAGCCCACCAACAACGCUCAGGCUGAGCAAGAUGUCCAGGAUGUCCUCGCCGAGCUGAAGGGUGACAAUGCCGCCCCCGCCGAGGCGAGCAAGGAAGACGCCGAAGAGGCGCGCAUCGUCGCCGAGGCCGCCAAGCUUGGAGAGAAAUCGGAGCAGUCCGAGGAGUCACAGCAACGCGAUACCCGUGGUGGUGGCCGUGGUGGUCGCGGUGGCCGAUUCGCCAACAACGUCAAGUUUGACCCCUCCCAGCAGAAGCAGACUGACGACCCCGUCGAGAUCCGCAAGCAGGUCGAGUUCUAUUUCUCCGACUCUAACCUCCCCAUGGACAAGUUCCUCUUCUCCAAGGUCGGCGGCAGCGAGAACAACUCCGUUCCCCUGGAGCUUCUCCACUCCUUCAAGCGCAUGCGCCGCUUCCAGCCCUUCGACGCCAUUGUUGAGGCCCUGAAGACCUCCGAGACUCUCGACCUGGUCGACGACAACACCGCCGUCAAGCGCAAGGUUGCCCUGCCCGAUGAUGUGAAGGUUCACAGCGAACAAUACGCCAAGGUCUUCGCCGACGAAGCUAUGGCUCGCAGCAUCUACGCCAAGGGCUUCUGCCGAUUUGGCGAGGAGGGCCCUACCACCCAGACCGAUAUCGAGACUUUCUUCGAGACCUACGGCCCCAUCAACUCCGUUCGUCUUCGCCGUACCAACCCCGAGAAGGUUUUCAAGGGUAGCGUUUUCGUCGAAUUCAAGUCCGAGGACAAGCAGAAGGAAUUCCUGGCUUUGGACCCCAAGCCCAAGUUCAACGACCGUGAGCUGCUCAUCAAGACCAAGAAGGAAUACUGCGACGAGAAGGUGGAGGAGAUCAACAACGGCACUCGCCGGGACGAGGACCAGAAGAACGGAUUUAAGGAAGCGGCUCAGAAGGAUUCUCGUGGCGUUCCCGUUGUCAAGAGCUCCUCCGACUCUGCUGGUCAGAAGCGCACUCGUGAUGAGGAAGCCAACGGCGAUCACCCCGCUAAGAAGGUUGAUUCCAAGGAGUAG